AUGUUGUACUCCUGUUACCCCGUGCUGUCACUAACAGGUCCGUAUGAACGCUUCUCAAGUUUCCAAGACUGGAAUCCCUUCGGAACCGGAAAUUCUUGGUGGGAGUGGCACCGGAAGAGGAAGAGACGUCAGGCGGAACAAGGUACCGUCCACAGCAUCGAGCUGUCUAUGAUAGCAGACUACAGUGUCUGGAGCAAGUUUCUCAAGUUCGCCAAUAAGGACGAGAACAAAGCUUAUCAAGAACUCCAACAGUACUACCAGUUCAUGGCAGUCAUGAUGGAUAUACGGUACCAGAGUGUGACAGAACGUGACCCUACCCUGAUCAUCCGCAUCUUUCCCGUGUCCCUGAUCGUCACGGACAUACAAGAGGAGUCGGUGUGGACGGAGCGUAACAAAGUGGGGCAACGUUAUGUGGAGUCGGUGUACGCUUUGUACUCUCUACGGGACUGGGUGAGGGCGGGGAGGGGUGUGCCCAAGGCAGACCACACCAUGCUGUUUAGUGGGUUAGACCUUCUUGGCAGCGGUCAAGAUACCUCUACCAUAGGUGUGGCCUUCAUCGGAACUGCGUGCUCGUACAACAGUGUGUCAGUCAUAGAGGAAUACUUCACGGGGACCACAGGGAGCGUCAGUGCUCACGAGCUGGGACACAGAGCGUUCAAGCUAGAAAAGGCUUCACCAACAUGUGUAGACGGCUGUACUGUUACCUCCCCUCUGAGCCAGGCUACUGUGGCUCCGUCAUCGCUGCUGAGUACACUGUGUGCGGGAGCCAGAAGUGGUGUUACCAGGGACGAUGUGUAAAAGACAGCAAGGCUCCUCUGGUUCCAGACAGCUGCCCUCAGGGAGAUGAGCCGGGCUAUCAGUGCACCAGAGACGACUGCGAGGCGGAGAAGAAGGUCAGAGAUGUCUUGUGUUGCAAGACGUGUGGACUCAGUGGUCAAACCAACAAUGACAUCACACGUUUGAACACUACAGAAGGCAGGGCUGUUCCGCCUUCUGUGGCCCCACCCUCGUCUGUGCCAACCACUGCAGAAACGACCACAUCCUCAAUCGCCAUCACCACCACCAGCACCACAACUGCAGCAGCAACAACGUCAUUGAGGGGGCGAGAUAACUCCAGCAACGACGACAACGACUACAUCGACGACGAGAGCAAUGAGACAAGAACAGAACUCCUCGUUUGA